GCGUCCCAUCCCGUCCCACACAGGCGUGCUAGAGGCACACGGGCGAGCACCGCGGCGAGAAGGAGCGCGCAGAGAGGCGUCCAUGGAGUGAGCCUCGUCGUUGUAGGAGCCAGGGAGCAGGAAAGCGGGGCGCAGCACGGCACCCCCGUCCCAACCAGCGCCCAAGUCUUGAGCCGCCCGCCUCUACCAUGGACCUCCUUACCGGGCUGCUGCUACUGCCGCUACUGCUACUCGGCUGGCCCGGGCCGGGCCUCACCGCCGACAACGAAGGCCCCGAGCUGAGCGCCGCCGUCGCCCUCGUCACCAACAGCAGCAACGGCAUGGUCCCGGUGCUCUUCAAGGAGCUGUCCGUGCCGCUGGAGAACCUCGUGGUCGCACCCUUCGGCGUCGCCGUCAACCUCGGCAUGGUGUUGGAGGGCGCACGCGGCCCAGCGGCGGCCGAGAUCCGCGCCGCACUUGGCGUCAACGAGACGCAGGCGGAGACGCUGCGCACCGGCUUCAGGGCGGUGCUCGCGCGCUUCCAGGCCACUGCAGACCACGAGGACGUGUCGGGUGCAUUCACCGAGGCCACAUUGCACAGCUCGCGACGGCUGCCUGAGGCGUACCGAGCUCUGCUGGAGGACUACUACCUCGCCUCGCUCUCCAACGAGUUGGAGACAUCCGAGGGCAUCAACGACCUCGCGCAGAACGAGACCCUGGUGCUGUCGCUGUCCUCGGACACGGGAGUCAUGUCGCACUGGCGGGACUUCCAUCUGCUGCCCGUGUACGUGCUACUGUCGCACCAGGCCGCCGCGCCGUUCACCCGCGGCCCCAAGGACGUCCUCACGGUGCCCAUGGUGCCCCUGGUGGGCGUGUUCCGCUUCGGUAAGGUGGCCGCCAAGGAGGGCCAGAACGCGGCCAGCUUCGUCGUGGAGGUGCCGCUCGAGGCCCGCGGCACCAGCCUCGUCCUGGUGCUGCCCCUGACGGCGGCCGUUCCGGUGGCCGAGGCUGUGGCGGGGCUGUCCCCGCACGUGCCUCUGCUCCUGUCCAAGCUCGAGCCCACCGAGAUGGAGGUGCUGCUCCCUCAGUUGGCCGCCGUGUCGCAGGGUAAGGACCUGCGGCCCGCCCUGCGCGCCAUGGGCAUCAAGACCGUCCUGGACCAGAGCAUGCAGCAGCACGUGGGCAGCGUCACCCAGGACGCUUUCGUCUCCACGUCCUUCGUCGCCAUCAACUCCGUCAGCUCGGUGGGCGCUCGUCUGGCCGAGCGCAGCCGCCGCCGCCGCCGGGACACCACCACAACAACGCCUGCUCCGCCGACGCCGCGCCUCGUCCUGAACCGCCCCUUUGCCUUCUACGUGGUGCACGACGCCGAGCUCAUCCUGCUGGCGGGGAUCGUUAACUCCCCUGCGCAGGUCCCGGGCAACAACGUGGUGACCCCGCGGUAGGGCCGCAAGGACGACGCGAACCGAUGACUCGGGAGUCUGUACAUAAUAGUUUCUGAAACUCCCGUCGCGGCUGAGGAUUCGAGCAAUAUUCUCAAAGCGAACUCGUUUUAAUCACUCUUUGCGACUGUGACUUGAUGAACAUGUUCAGAAGAUGGUGUGUUUACAAUGUUUUGCUCGGAGAAUGGAUGUGCUCCCGACGAGCAGGCGUGAGAGAGGUAGGUCGAGUUGCCGGCGCUCACGCGCGUGCGACCGAGAGAGACACGAGAGCUGUGACGUGCGAGCUCCAGGUCGGACGGUGGCGCUCACGGGUCUCACGCUCACGCGUCAUCGGCAUCACCAGCCCGGCUCCAACCGCAGCUGCUUGUGCUUCUUGCCCGCGAAUAACAGGUUCUCGUCCAGCCUUACCUGCGGAGGGGAAAUCACCAUCCAUAGAUAAUUUCCGAAGCGUCGCCGUACAAGCAGUGACCUUGCAGACGGACACGUGCAAAGUUUCAUUUAUUUAUUUUUUGGUAUACGUGUGUUGCAUUUUGUCAUGGGAAAAAUCCUUGGAGAAGGGCAUGAAAAAGUGCUGGAACGAACGCUCACCAAAUCCAUCAACAUCCUUUCGCCUUGUUCUUCAUACAUCUCUUAAUUUAUUUCAUAGAAUCGUAUCACAAUUUGUAGGUUCGCUUUAUCGCCACACGCAUGUAAUGUAAAAAUAAAGCCGUCAUGUAGUGGAA